AUUCCGCUUUGAUGAUGUUGCUGCCCAGUCGAGUGAACGCACGGGAACUUACCAAGGAUUUUCUGGGCAAAAGUUAUGAUCAAUAACUCCAAGACAAGACAUCGAGCAUACAAUAAAUGCCAACAGAAGUGUGUGACAAUCUACCAGCACCGGAUCUCACGUUCAGUUAAAGUUUCAUUGUAAUCUUUGCUGAAACCCCCUGCCAUCGACUGUGACUGACAUCCCACCAUGCCCCUUGUUGUGUUCCCCACCUCCCAGCUGCUAUGGGUGCGUGUCGCCGCCGUGUUGUUCACCUGCGUCGCGUUCAGCGUCGCAGCACACGGGGCCGCGCUGCCCCACGUAGGCAUGGCGGACUGGUGCAUCUUCUGCUGGGCGUUCAGCUUCGCCUGCACCCUGCUGGUCCUGCUGGUGGAGCAGUGCGGCCUCCAGGCCCGGAUCCCCGUCUCCUGGACCAACUUCCCCAUCACGGUCGCCAGCUACGCCGCCCUCCUCUGCCUCUCGGCCUCCAUCAUCUUCCCGGUGUUUUACCUCAGGAAUGUCCCGUACAAGGAGACUCGUGACCAUCGCAUUGCCUCCACGGUCUUCUCCUGCCUGGCUGCGGUGGCCUACAUGUGGGAGGUGAGCCUGACCAAAGCCAGGCCAGGAGAGGUGGCURGUUACAUGGCUACAGCUCCAGGUUUGAUGAAAGUCUGCCAGACCUUUGUGGCCUGUGUCAUCUUCAUUCUGGUCAGCUCUCCGGUGUCCUAUGACCAGCACCCAGCCUUGAAGUGGUGCAUGGCGGUGUACUGCAUCUGCUUCAUCCUUUCCAUGGCCAUAGUGGUGCUGUGUGUGGGGGAGUGCACAGGCUGCCUCCCCAUCCCGUUCUCCAAGUUCCUGUCAGCCUACGGGCUCCUGGCCGUCAUCAUGUACCUGACCGCCACCAUCUGUUGGCCCGUGUUCCAGUUCGACAAACAGUACCAGGGCAGGGGAAGGGACUCGCGUGAGCUGAUCACUGUGGCCGUGCUCACUGCUCUCAACUUCCUGUUUUACCUCGCUGACCUGGCUUACACGGCCAGGCUGGUGUUUGUCAGUGUCUGAGCUGAGAGGGAGUGAAGAACACGUCAAACAGCAGGGAGCUUAAAUGGCACCAAGGAGCAGAUGACAAAAGGGCAAAGACAAGUCUAUUUGUGUUAUGCUCCCUAAUGCUAACCCUGAUCAAAUGAGGAAGCCUCCAAAUGAGCAGUAGAUUGCAGAAGUAUUCACUUCCUUCGUAAUGUUUAUUUUAUUGUAAUGUAGUAGWUCUAAUUGGAAUGUUUAUUUGACCAUAGCUAAAAUUCAUAUAAAAUACCUUAAGAAAUUUGCAUCAGUUUCAGCAUUGAGUUUAUUUAGGUUCAUUUUUAUGAGUUACAUACAUCUGGCCACUGGACUUUUUGUCCUUUCCUCAUGACCAAACUGCUCCAGCUCUUUUAUGUUGGUUGGGUGCUGCUUUAAAUCUAACCAGAGAUUCUUUGAUAGAUUGAGGUCCAAGCCUUGAUUGUUUCUUCUCAAACAGGGUCAUUUUUUCGUCUGAAAAGUGAACCUCUGUUUKGGUAUCAAAUCCCUGGAAGACCUCUCGAGAAUUUCUGUAAUUUACUCUUUCCAACUUAAAAGAAAAAAACUGACCAUUUUCUCUGUUUGUGUUGAUGAAAAACCUCAAAAUGAUGCUGCCGCCACCAUGCUUUAUUGUGGGGAGGGUGGUGCAUGUCUGCCUGUUUUAUGUUUUAAGUGAUAUUUUUUCCCCCAGUUACUCUUCCAUGAGCUCUAGCUCUGUGCAGCCUGUAUUGGUCAGAUGAUGCCAUCAGUAGCUGUCCAGCUCCAUCAGGAAUAUCUUUGUCCUGCUUUAUGUUGCUGUGAUUAGCGCCCUCUUUACCUGGUCUAUGAGUUUUUGCUGUAGUGACAGAAUCUCUCCAGUGGAUUAAAAAAUGCUCGUGGGAUUUUAAUUUGYAUGUGUUUGUCUUCAUGUUGUUCUUGCRUGGAGGCAGCCAGAGGCGGACCAAUUUAGGCAGCACCACUCGUCAGUGGUUAGCAUUGUUGCCUCACAAGACCUCUCAAGAAGGGUCUUAACGGCAGCAUUCACACCAGGGGGUUUGAUCAGCGAAGCGACCAGUACAKUUCCUGUUUCAAUUAGAAUUUGUUUUUAAACAGUCGUCCUCAUCUUGCUGUUCACAUUUCGACAUCAUGAGACCAAGACGACACCUAAAAAUUAAUCAGCAGAACCUCUCCAAAUAUCACUAACUCUUUGUGAGUAGUGUAUGUUUCAUUAAGUUAUUAUAUAUUGUUAAGUACCAAAUACAUUUAGACCAAAUUAUCAUUAUGCAUUAUAUCAGCUGAUCUGAUUUGUAAAGAUCAGCAUCUGCCUUCGAAAAACACAUGUAUCUGCUGACCUCUAGCUGUAGCCCGUAGAGGUGUUGAUUCUGGGCACUGUAUGAACAGAAAAUGUGGGUAUUAUUUCACCAAUGAUUUGAGUAAUUUUGUGAAGGUAAUGGUAGAAGCUUCAAAGCAAAAAGUGUAAGUAUUAGCGGUGCACAGAUUACAUUAAUUUUAGGAGAUCGGCCGAUACUUUAGAUAAGAUUGUGGGGGACAAGAUCAGCUUCUCAUCUAACUCCACAAAGUUCUGAAAAUCAGCCACUGUUCUCUUUUGGUCUCCUCUGCAUACUACCUAAUGUCUCGUUAAAAAAAGUUUGUAUUGUUUCAAGGGUAUUCAAUGUUUUUCAAGAUUAAAACAUGGAAGUUGUAUUGCAAACUUAUAACACCCGACAGUGUCAGCUAUUUAAAAAAUCARUAUCGGCCAAAAUCUGAAUCAGCAGGUCAGACUUUUUAAAGAUCUUGAUCGGCCAGACAACUGCAAUAGAUGUACCCCUAGUAAGUACCCACAUAACAAAAUGUGUAUGGCCCAGUCCUGGCCCAUACAAUGCCUUAACAUUCAGCCCAGAUACCACAAAGAAUGAAAGCCCUUUUGUGACCCAGAAGUGGUCCAUGCUUGGGGCAGCAACAAGUAWACCAAACCACAAUUGGAACAGUUGUGGCAUGCCAUCUAAAAAYGGGGCCAUCAYUACCAGGCCUGGCCCACAUCAAGUUGACAAACCAUUUGCAGUGCCAGCUUGACACCAGAUCUGACCCACACCUGUCUGCAUGCAGCACUUUUCAGUUUUAUAUACUUUUAAAAUGUAUCRGAUACAGGUUUUCCUCAUUCCGUUGCAAUACUUUUGUAGGAUUAUUACUUCUAAUCAAAAAUAAAUCCUAAUAAAUUCCAGGCCGAUUAGUAAAAAUAAACAAAUUCCAGAUUUGAAUUAUUUUGCAACCUAUUGUUUGUGUAUACUUUCACUUAAUCACAAUGGCGCAGUAUUAACCUUUUAUUGUGAAAUGAUUGGUGUUAAAUUUGUGUCUAAAGCAAGUAUUGCAUGGAUCCAAAUGUCUGCUUUUGCUUCACAGUGUAGCAA